AUGCGAGAGGGGCCUAUUUACGGCCUUACGACCCUUGAGACCGGCACUCCCUGUCUGAAGAAAAAGGGCUUUGAGGAGCUCACCGAGUAUUCUGUAUGUAGCCGGGAUUUGAUUCAUGUGAGUCAUGCUCAUAUUAUUUCAAAUGAUGACACUGACACCCAGUUCAUGCUUUCCGUCCUUCACGCAUCGAAGCAAAGCCCUGAUGGCAGGCCUGACAUUAGCUCAGUUACUACGCCGAUUUCGGUCGUGGCCACGGCUACAAGAGAAUCAAUAAAACGUGUUGAAGUUGACGAAAGAGGAAGAGUGGUCUUUGGCAGAUUUGGUGGCAUUAGGGCCUGUCAAACUGAGGGAGGCAUGCCUGAAAGUUGGGUACAAUUCGACCUAACAAUUAAAUGCAGCAAUUUGACAUUCUAG